CGUGGCCCUCACCCGGCUCGCACUUUUCUCUUUGUGUGUGUCUCGUGACUUUGUGUGGUGUGUUCCUUUUGUCUCUGAUCCCCCCUUUGUCGCCGUCGCUCUUGUCGUCCCUAAGCCCUCCUGUGCGGUGUCUCGGUGGCCGGGAGUGAUGUUGCACGUGGAGAUGUUGACGCUGAUCUUUCUGGUGCUCUGGAUGUGCGUCUUCAGCCAGGACCCCGGCUCCAAAGCGGUGGCCGACCGCUAUGCCGUCUACUGGAACAGCUCCAACCCCAGAUUCCAGCGGGGUGACUACCACAUUGAUGUCUGCAUCAAUGACUAUUUGGAUGUAUUCUGCCCUCAUUACGAGGACUCAGUGCCAGAAGAUAAGACUGAACGCUACAUACUUUACAUGGUGAACUUUGAUGGCUACAGUUCCUGUGAUCACACCUCCAAAGGAUUCAAGAGGUGGGAGUGCAAUCGGCCUCAUUCUUCAAAUGGACCAUUAAAGUUCUCAGAAAAAUUCCAGCUCUUCACUCCCUUCUCAUUAGGAUUUGAAUUCAGGCCAGGACGGGAAUAUUUCUACAUCUCAUCUGCAAUACCUGAUAAUGGGAGAAGGUCCUGUCUAAAACUGAAAGUCUUUGUACGACCUGCAAACAACUGUAUGAAAACUAUAGGUGUUCAUGAUCGUGUUUUCGAUGUUAACGACAAAGUAGAAAAUUCAUUAGAACCAGCAGAUGAUACUGUACAUGAGUCAGCUGAGCCAUCCCGUGGUGAGAAUGCAGCACAGACACCAAGGAUAUCCAGUCGGCUUUUGGCAACCCUACUGUUCCUUCUGGCAAUACUUUUGACGUUAUAGCACAUAUUCUAGUAGCCUGUCACAGACAACAUCAGGGUCUUGGAACAUCAAAGAUCCACUUAACUGCUCAUCCCAAGAAAGGGACUUGAUAUUGGUUUUGCAGAUGUUCAUUUGUUUCCUUCUCCCCACCCCCACCACUUCCCUCUCUGCAACCUGAACGAUGAACAGUACCUGAAGAGGAAUAGUUAAUCCUCUUCCUACUCCCAAACUUUCCUAUG